AUACAAGUAAAGAAGAAAUUAAUAAUGCUGAAAAUAAUAUGCAAGAUGAAGAUUUAUAUGAUCAAAAUAAAAUUAAUAAUCUUUUAUUAGAUACAGAUAUUUCAUUAGAAUUUGAAAAUAAUAAUAAUAUAGUUACUGAAGAAUUAUUAAUAGAUGAUUAA